CGUUCGGUCGGUUGUGACAUUUGUUUUGUUAAUUUUGUUGUUUUUCACAGCACGGUUCUAAAAACCGCAAGUAAUAGAAAAAUAAUUAUAACAAAAACAUAUUAAAAAUGUUCAUAAAUUAACAGAAUAAAUAUCGAGUAGGUAGUUAUUAUCGUCACGUGGUCGCAAUGGAGGAAUGUCGUGUGCAAAAUAAAUUGAAACUACUGUUUGAGAAACUUCUUGAACCAAAUUAUGUACUUAAUAGUUAUUAUGCUGAUGGCUUAAUAAACAAACUGACGAAUGCCAGCACGGAUCCAGAAAUCUCCUUUCUCGGAUCAUUACCGUUUUUAACUAAUCUAUUAUUGGAAGCGAUAAACAAAAGUGAAAAUGCUCACGUCAGCGCCAAAGUAUUUCUGACGAGAGUACUCGGGAUCGUUUGCAAAACGGAACUCAAUUUCACGAAGUUCAAUUGUCCUCAAGGGGACAUAAUAUUACAGGAACUUAAGCGUAUCAACUCUCCCAAUAUCAAUCCCAGUCUCAGGGUAGCAUUCACGGAGGUAGCUCUGGCCAUUGUCAACCACAGUUCAGGAGUUUCUUGGCUCUUAGAAACUGGGGUGUGGAAAGAAAUCCUAAGUUUGGUCAAUGAAAAAACAACGAUCUUCGUGAUAAGACAAGCGUAUAAAUUCGCUGCAGAAUUCGUGUGGAAGCUAAAUGAUUUGAGAGACGUAAACAGUAUCAAAGAAGUUAUUAGUUAUAUAAUAAGGCCAGUUAGCGAGGAAGAUUACAUGGGAAUGAAAGUCUUGACAAGUGACGACGUAGAAGAAAAAUGCAAGAGCUUAGAGCCAAUGGCGAAUAUGUUAAUAGCCAUAAUCAGCAAAGACAAUCGUCUAGAACAACCCACCUUACUUCUAAGCAUGAUAGUCAAGGAGUUUAAGAUUUCGCAUUACUUGUAUGUGGUAAUAGACAGGAUCCACCACGAUGAAACGUCGUUGCUACUGUCCAAGGUUAUCUUUUGGGUUGCAAUAGUGAAGAUUUUCCUGGAAAAACCCGCGAAACCCGGUGUCGAGUAUGUCAGAGAGGAUUUUCGCGAUUUAGGGAUCGUGUUCUUCAACGCUGUACAGUUUUUCAUGUCGAGGCGCAACGCUUCGUGCGUAAUCAGUUUCUCUGCGUUCUGUACCGUUAUUUGGAAGAUAGUUUUUGGUGAUAAAACUGUCGAGAAAUAUGGCAAAGAACACGGAACGAGACAGAUCAAUUUGCGUAGCCAAAGUUUGUUUAUGUGCAUCGUUCCCAUACUGGUGUUUAUCAAGCUAGGGAAACCACCAUCGGAGGCGACGCGCGAAAACAUAAACGAUUACAUAGUGACAUUAUUGAAUUCGUCGUGCGAAUCCACGGCCAGGAUAUCGUUCGCGCUGAGAGAUCUGAUCUUAGAGUUGGACACGAUGCCGCUUAUCGUGCAGAGCGUGAAGAAGCUCACCUGUUUGAAACAUCGCUUAAAUGACGAGCAAGCGAACCUUGUGUUCCAGGCUUUAUUUUACGCUCUGAGGGACUACGACCCUAUAGACGACUUCGGCGACGUCAAACCGGAUUAUUCUUCGGUCGAAAAUCAAGAUAACGUCUUCGUGAUGACCUACGUCCUCGACAUCGUUCUGUUCCUCGUCAAGAAUCACAAUAUAAACUGGCACGAAAGUAUAGAAGUACUUUGUUUGUAUUCCGUCGUCUAUAAUAUUCUAAAGAAACCUAAUUUAACUGUUAAGUUCGUAGUGACAGCCCUGAAUGUAAUAACCGUGACGAUUAAGAAGUUCCUCCCGCCGAAUCUGUCGCUGCUGCUGGAGUCGAAGCCGGGCUCCACGAUGCACGAGCUCGGGAAACUGAUCUACAUGAAGCUAAACGACCUACACUGGGAGGUGCGGGACUCCGCGCUCGAGUUGUUACACGUUAUUACCGAGAUCUCGUUUAUAAAAUUCCCACCGUUCCAGAAGCAAAUAAUACAGGACAAACUCAUAAACGUGGCCGCGACGGUCGCCUUCAACGACUACGAGGCUUACGUUCAAGUUUCUGCGCUCAAGUGUAUCGGGGCUGCCAGCAAGGUCAACGCUAUAUGGGAACUGUUGACCGCUGAGUUUCCUACAAUUCAGGAACAAACCGUCAGUAUAUUACGCAACAACCCGGAAGGAAUCGUACGCAAAGAAGCUUGCAACGUAUUGUGUGACUUGUACCAGAACUUAAAAAUUAGUCCAAACUUCAAACAAGUGAUAUACGAACACAUGGUGUCGUCUGCAAUUUGCGAUUUCCACUGGGAAGUCCAGUUGAGUGCUUUAAGGUUUUGGAAGAUAGUUUUAGAAUCAUUGCUGACCGACCAAGGAAUGUUGGACGGUGUAUUCCCCCCAGUUACGUUUUCAAGGCAGUCGAGAAAAAUAGUUACUCUGAAUGAAACCGAAAUUCAAAGACGAUUGUUUCAAAUACUAAACGAACUCAGUUCCAAAGGAUGCUUGACUGUAUUAGUAAAGUUGUUACAUGACGAUACAGAAUCAGAGAUUAUGGAGAGUGCCUUAAAUAUAUGUGAUGAAUUAUUAGAAAUUCUUAACAAACAUAAAGUUCCAGAAAGUCUUAAUGCAAGACCUGGUGACCCGCAAUCGAUAGACGAAUUGCUAUCGACGAUUAAAGAAGAAUCAGAUAGCAAUAGUAAUUCGGAAGAAAUGGCCGAUGUCGACACUGCAACCGCUUCUGAUAGUGUUAUUGAUGGGAUACUAAAAGCAGACGACAUAAACUUAUUAGCAAACAUAUAUGAGAGGCACAUGUCACUGCAAACUGAAGUACAGAUACCGGAGAAACAAUUAAAACCAAAAAUCAAACUGUUACAAUUGGUAACUCCAAGUCUUUUUGUCAAUUACCUGAAGAGUAAAGAUUUUAAACAGGUUAUUAAAGAGAAGAGGCGUUGGUCUGAAGGUAUUAGAAGUAUUUCAUCAUUACUUGAUGAUGUACUCGGCAUGUAUGAUGUGGACGAUGAAAUCAAUUCCUUGGACUGUUAUUGAGUAGAGAUUAAUAUGAUGCCAUUCCAUAUAUGAGAUUUUAAAAGUAUGUGUUUGAUUAAAGUUUUCAUA